UUAACGUGUGUGUCGCAUAGAAAUUUAUUAAUUUCAAAAAUUAAAAGGAUAAAGAGAAAAAAAUGUCUACUGCAGGAAAUAAUUUAAACAUGUUCUCUUUAACAAGAGUGUCGCUGACUAUGGGACCAAGUCUGGGAUUUUUCUUUUUUCUUAAUUCGGCUUUGAUGAAUCUAAGACCGGAUAUUGUAGAUAAGAACGGGAGGGUAGUUGAUAUUCCGAACGCCAGAAUUCACGAUAGAUACGAUUUUAUAGUGGUCGGGGGUGGUACUGCAGGGGCGGUAGUUGCCAGCAGACUAAGUGAAAAUGCCAAUUGGACAGUGUUACUGUUAGAAGCUGGAGCAGAUGAAAUGCCAGUUACGGAUAUGCCCUUACUGUUUCCUGCUCUCCAACUUACACCCUUCGAUUGGCAGUUUAAAAGUCAACCUGGAGAAAACUACUGCUUAGCUAUGAAAGAGGGUCGAUGCAAUUGGCCUAGAGGGAAAGUACUGGGUGGUAGUAGUGUUUUAAACGCAAUGUUAUAUAUAAGGGGUAAUAAAAGAGAUUACGAUCAGUGGGAAUCGAUGGGAAAUCCUGGAUGGGGUUUCAAGGAUGUUUUACCGUAUUUCAAAAAAUCAGAAAAUAUGACUAUUUCAGAAUAUAGAAAUGAUCCAUAUCACGGAACCGAUGGUUAUCUCACGAUAGAACAUUUUAGAUACCAUUCUCCAAUGGCACAAUGGUUUUUGCAAGCAGGACAAGAUUUGGGUUAUAAAACGCGAGACGUUAAUGGCAAAACACAAACUGGAUUUACAUUAUCCCACGGAACAUUAAGGGAAGGAUUACGUUGUAGUACUGCGAAAGCCUUUCUUCGUCCUGCGAGAGGCAGACCAAAUUUACACGUCAGUCUACAUUCAAUGGUCGAAAAGAUUUUAAUCAAUGAACAAACUAAAGAAGCUCACGGUGUUGUUUUCAACAAAUACGGUACUAGAAGAACAGUCCACGCUAAUAAGGAAAUUAUUUUAACUGCUGGUUCUGUACAAUCGCCGCAAUUGCUGCUAUUGUCAGGGGUGGGACCUGCUGAUCAUCUUCACGAGGUUGGUAUAGACGUGAUAGUCGAUUCACCAGGGGUUGGUCAAAAUAUGCAAGAUCACAUAGCGAUGGGAGCAUGCACUUACUUGUAUGAUCCUCCCGAAGAAUUUCACAACAAAACUUGUGGAUUUAUAUUACCUAAAGUGUUUACUACCGAAGUGGUGAAUGACUUUACUCAAAAUAAAGAAGGACCAGUAUAUUGGCUACCAGAAUGCGAGGUAAUGGCUUUCGUAAAGACAAAGUACACAAGUCAGGUAGAUGACCAUCCAGAUAUUCAAUUGUUCUUGGCUGCCUAUGCUGACAAUACGGAUGGUGGAAUAUUUAGCAAAAAAGCAACUGGUGUCAGAGAUGAUGUAUUUGCAGCGGUUCAUGAACACAUUAUCUACAGGGAUUCGUACAGUAUUUUACCACUUCUUUUGAGGCCUCGCAGUAAAGGAUAUAUCAAAUUAAAGGACAAGAAUCCUUAUUCUCAUCCCCUCAUCUAUCCCAACUAUUUCUCGGAUCCUCACGAUUUGAAAGUGAUGGUUGAAGGGGCUAAAAUAGGAUAUGCUCUUAAAGAUACCCCCACAAUGAAACGACUUAAUGCUCAAUUCAACGACAUGGUGAUUCCGGGCUGCAAACAACACAAAUUUCUCUCAGACGAUUAUUGGGCUUGUCAGGCCAAACAUUAUACAUUUACCAUUUACCAUCCAGUUGGUACCACAAAAAUGGGUCCAGAUAAUGACAGAGAAGCCGUGGUCGAUCCACGGUUACGUGUCCGAGGGGUGAAAAAUAUAAGGGUAGCUGAUGGAUCCAUUAUGCCAACAAUUGUUUCGGGAAAUACGAAUGCACCGAUCAUUAUGAUUGCCGAAAAGGCUUGCGAUUUGAUUAAAGAAGAUUGGAGAGUAGAAGAAGCAAAAAUGGAAAAAAGUGAGAAACCAACAGAUUACAUUUUCGUACGCCGGGAACACGAACAUCAUAUAAAAGACCCUGUGGUUGGUGAUACCAUUGCGAAGAUUCCUGGACAUUGGAAACAAGAAGAUUUUUGGAAGAAAUAGGAAGAUAUAAUAUGUAUACAGUUUCGCAACUUAUUUUCAGUUUACAAUAAAAUAAGUUGUUGACGACAUUGACAUGCAGCAGAUGUGAUAAACUGCAAUGUUGAUUAUAUUAAUAGAAUAUAAAUAUAUUAUCUAUAUGUAAUUGGAAUAAUCAGUUCAGAUACCCCUUUCUUCAUAACAGUAAUAACAGUGUAAGAUGGAUUCACGGAACUCUUUUAAUAAAUAAUACGUGAGUGCAAAUUUUGUUGAUUAUUUUGUUAUUGAAAAAUUGUGUAUAGGGCAACCAAAUACUUACUGGCCAAAUUUAUAUAAAACUUAUGCUUUUUGGAAUGGCAA